AUGAGCGUUGUUCCAUAUGCAUUUGAGUGUGAAAAGGCUCGUUUAAUACAAUAUGACAAAUAUACAUUAACUAUCAAAGAAGAUGCAUUAGUGUUAAGUAAAGAAGGAGAAGAUGAUGUAGUCAUUGGUGGUUCCACUGAUUUAGUACCUUAUGAUGCAUUAAAUACUAUGAUGAAUGUUGUCAAUGAUAGAUUAACAUCAUUAGAGACAUUUAAGGAUGAAGCAAAUUUCUUCGCUCCUGAUAAGAAAUAUAUGUUAUCAUGUAUGGCUGAUAAUGGAUUACAAACAACUCGUGAGAUAAAUAUUAAUGAAGCAUUAGAGACUAUCAUCUAUCAUGUCAAACGGUUAUUAUCGGUUGACCAUGGAGUUCAUUUUGACCCAAAGUCUACAUUGUUUAAUAUCCCAUUCAUUGAAAACAAUGUAUUAACAACUAGAGAAGAUACUUUAUAUAAUGCAUUAAACAUUGCUUUUGCUUAUAUUUUAGGUCAUGAACAGAUACAAAAUAGUGGUAUUGCAAUAUACUUGGAUAAAGUUAUGUUAAAGAAACCUUUGACGUUUACUGAAGAUGGACCUAAAGCAACUGGUAUUGCUGGUGAUGGAGUUAUUCUCACAAAGGAAUACUUAAAGAAACAUAUUGAUGAUUUUGUUGAACGACAAGAUAAUAAAGGUCAGUCAUUUAAUCCUUUCAGUCUCAUUGGUGACCUUGUUAAUGCAGGCAUAACUGGUGCGGCAUAUGCUUCAUUACAGCACCAAAUUAAUGCAAUAUGGGCUUUUCUCGGAAAAGAUGAAGGUUUGGAUACGUUGAGAAGUACAUUCGGUGGUGAGGGAGGAAAUUUUCCUGAAGCCGUCAACGAUUUUGUUGACAAUGUCCAAGAUGCAGCUGAAAAAGUAACACAGUCUGGAAAUAGCAUAAGUCGUCAAGGGCAUCAACUACUUGAUGAAAAUGCGAUGGAGCUAUAUGAUCUGUCAGAAGGUAUUGGCGAACCUAUGUCUGACAACUAUAUUGAAGAAAUAAUUACUCAACGAGUUAAUGAUGGUUGGGAUAUAUUGCGGGAAGUUGAGUUACCUUUACUAAGAAGUGUUGAAGAAAAUAAGGAAACUCUACUUGAUAAAUUGACAAAAAUAGUGCCUGGUUUCAAAGACAUUCUGUAUCAAAGUUUUAAGAUUAUGAUAUUAAAUAAACUAAAGUCUGAUGGUGAUAAUUUACAUGACUUAACAAUGAUUAUGCUUGCUGAGAUAACAAGGAAAGUUGACGACAACAAAAAUAAUGCAGGAAGAACUGCACUUGAGAUUGCAGACAAAGCCGACAAAUCUUAUGUUGAUACUGAGAUUGCAAAGAAAUUGGACAAAGGUAAUGAGAUGACAUUUGAUAUAAUACAUGGACUCACAAAGAAACGACAAACGGGUGAAGUUAUAUUAAGACCAGAUGGAACUGAAGAACAUGUGGAAGAAGAGUUUAAGGAUAAAGUUAACUUCCCUGAUGGUGUUAGUUCUGGCUCAAUUGUGUAUAAAGGUGAAGAAUUAAUCAAUACAUUUAGUCAUAUAUAUAAUGAACUAGAACAACAGCGAACAGUAACGAACUCACUAAUAGGUCACACUCAUGAAACAUUUACAACCGUUAGAGCAGAUGACAUAAUACUGAACUUUGACCUCGGUUCAAAAGCUCCUUUACCAAAUCCAAGCACUAGUGUAAGAGAUACACUUAAUAGUUUAGAUAGUAAAUGUACGAAUAUUGAAGGACAUGUCAGAAACUUUGAAGCAUAUGAACUACCAGCAAUGCUAGACAAGAAAGCUGAUAAAACUUAUGUGGAUGAACAGAUAAAGAAUGUGAGUGAUAUGAAGACAAUACCUUUCAUUACUGAAGAGUUUGAAGUGA